AUGGCGACACCAACAGGCAAUGAUGCCAAUCUCACAGCCAAAAGGCUCAAUGUCCUAGUCUACUCUGGAACCGGAACCACCGUCGACUCCGUCCGCCAUUGCGUCUACACCUUGCGCCGUCUCCUCGCCCAAAACUAUGCCGUCACCCCGGUCACAGGCGAGAUGCUCCUCAAAGAGCCUUGGACUGCGUCUUGUGCGCUGUUGGUGAUCCCCGGCGGCGCGGACCUGGGAUAUGGCCGUACACUGAAUGGCGCAGGGAACAGGCGCAUUACGCAGUUCGUGCGUCGGGGUGGUAAAUACUUGGGCCUUUGCGCGGGUGGGUACUAUGGGAGCAAGCGAUGCGAAUUCGAGGUCGGUGAUAAAACAAUGGAGGUUGUGGGUGAGCGCGAAUUGGCCUUCUUCCCGGGGACUUGUCGCGGCGGGGCGUUUCCGGGGUUUGUUUACCAUAGCGAGGAUGGUGCGCGUGCUGUUGGACUGGAUGUUUCGAAAGAAGCCUUGAAUGAGGGUGUUAUGCCUACGACAUUCCGUUCGUACUAUAAUGGCGGUGGUGUGUUCGUGGAUGCUGCGCUGUACAAGGAUAAGGGCAUUGAAGUGCUGGCAAACUAUAACGAGAAAGUUAAUGUGGAUCCUGGUGAGGGUGGUGCAGCUGCUGUCGUUUACUGCAAAGUUGGUGAGGGUGCGGCUGUAUUGACUGGACCUCAUCCAGAGUUUGCCGCUGCCAAUCUUGACCCCAAGGGUGGUGGUCCUGAGUAUGCGGAUCUCGUUGCUGCGCUUGCCGCCGAUGACAAGGAGCGUACAGACUUCUUGAAGGCCUGUUUGUCGAAACUUGGGCUGCAAGUCGCGAAGGACACUUCAACUGUCCCUUCGUUGUCAUCUCUGCAUGUUUCUGGCCAGGACCCUGAGCAGUCAUUAGAAAUCCUGUCGCUCCUUGCACCAGACCUGCAAAAAGAGAAUCAGAAUGAAUAUCUGAAAGAUGAGAGCGACACAUUCAGAAUUGAGCGUCCAGGCACUUGGAAUUUGAGCGACCUGGAGGAGGCACUCCCUGACGGGGAGUCGAAACCCACCGAAGGAAUCGUCGAUUAUCAGACAAUAACCAAGCGACUCGUCUUCCAUGAUGACCUCCCAUCGUCAAAACUCACACCUUACUUCAACCACCAUGCAUUCUAUGCCAAUCUCAAACAAUAUCAGUCCGAGUCCCGAGAGGGUGCUUCGGAAUUUGGGUCGAUCCUUAUGUACGGUGAGGUGGUGACUAGUACCAACACGAUUCUAGAGAAAAACACACAACUUUUGCGCCGUCUUCCAACUGGAUUUACUGCUACAGCCACUGUGCAGGUUGCUGGACGCGGCCGAGGCUCUAAUGUGUGGAUUUCCCCAGCCGGCUCUCUCAUUUUCUCGACCGUGGUGCGGCAUCCAAUGGAGAAGAUGCAAUCAGCACCCGUUAUAUUCCUCCAGUAUCUAUCUGCUAUGGCCGUUGUGAGGGGUAUCAAAUCCUACGCGAAAGGCUACGAGAAUAUCCCGGUCAAGCUAAAAUGGCCGAACGAUAUCUAUGCCCUGGACCCAGAAGAUCCCGAGCAAAAGCGCUAUACCAAGAUCUGCGGUAUUCUCAUCAACUCCCACUUCAUGUCUAACGAGUACAUUUCCGUCGUUGGCAUUGGUGUCAAUGCCACGAAUGCCUCUCCCACUACUGCACUAACAGCCCUUGCCGCACGCUACGCUUCCAAUGGCGCUGCCACCACCUCUCCGGUUUCGCUGGAGAAACUUCUCGCCCGUAUCCUGACUACUUUCGAGGAUCUAUACAUUCGCUUCCUGCGUACAGGCUUUGAUCGCGGCUUUGAGGCGAUGUACUACCAGGACUGGCUUCAUAUGCAUCAGAUCGUGACCCUGGAAGAGGAGGGCGGUGCCCGUGCCCGGAUCCAGGGCAUCACUCGUGAUUACGGACUGUUGAUUGCAGAAGAGCUCGGAUGGGGUGAUCGACCUACUGGUCGGUUGUACCAGUUGCAAAGUGACAGCAACAGCUUUGAUUUCUUUAAGGGAUUGGUUAAGCGGAAAAUUUGA